GUUGUUGCCUAUGCUUAUCCAUAUCUAGUCUCACUGACUGAAUUCCAGCCUCUCCAUUGAACAAAACAUGGAGCACUCAGAUACACCUCACAUAUUAGCUAUACCCUUUCCAGCAGAAGGACACAUCAAACCCAUGUUUAAUUUAGCCAAACUUCUUUCCCAUAGAGGCCACAGAAUCACCUUCAUGAACACACAUCACAACCACAAUCGCCUCCUCCAAUUCACAGAUUUACCCUCAUUCCACACUCAAUUUCCCGAUUUCCUCUUUGCAUCCAUCACUGAUGGCAUACCCUCUGACAAUCCUAGAAAAGGUGCCCUACUAAACUACCUUCCAAUGCUUAUCACUCCUAGCGCCAGAUCCUUAGUUGCCAAAGAGUUCCGAGAAUUGUUCUCAAGACUUCUCGAGAAAAAUGGUGAUCGGUGGCAGCAACCAUCUUGCAUCAUAGUUGAUGGACUAAUGUCAACGAUUGUCAUGGGAGUUGCACAAGAGUUUAGGAUUCCAGUGAUUGCUUUCCGAACCUACAGUCCCACUUGCACUUGGGUCACAAUCUUCAUGAGUAAACUUGCUCAGGAGGGAGCACAACUGCUUCGGAGUAAUCAAGGUGAGUAAGGAAGUUUAAUUUAAAGCUUAAAUAUGUUUGAAGGUUCCUUCUCAUAAAUAAUCGAAUUUUAUUCUAAAUUUCUGAUAAAUUUUUUUGUUUUAAUUUGAAUAUUAGAUAUAUUAAAAUUUUUGUUUUGAGUCUCAGUCAAAAUUAAAUAAUAAUAUUUUACUUUAUAAAUUGAUAUUUCAAAUAUCAUUAAAAGUUAUUAGUUGUUAUGGUACCACGUCAUUAGAUAACUCACAACAAAAACUUAAAAUAACGAAAAAAUUUAUCAAAAAUCCAAAAUAAAAUUUGAUUAUUUAUCAAUAACUUUAAAUAUAUUUAAGCCUUAAUUUAAUCAUCAGUUAUAGACAUACAAAUACACUAAUAAAAUUACAUGACUUCAAACACAAAAAGUUACACAUGAAUGAUAAAAAUUAAAAGACACAAGUGUUGUGAAGUUUUAAAAAGGUCGUGAAACUCUUUUAGUGACACAAUUUUAAAUCUUAGUCGAUGUAUAUACAGUCUAUGAUUAUUAUUUAGUCUGAGUUAUUACGUUCUAAUUAAUGACAAUUAGAUUUGCUAGAACAAUACUCUUAUCAAGUUUUGACAAUUUCACAAUUGACUUGAGAUGCAAAAAAUUUGAAAAGUGCAUCCGGAAACAUUCCAGGAUUAGAGAAUUUAUUGAGAAACUGUGACUUUCCCUAUCCCGGCGGGAUG